GUAGGGUUGGAGGAUUUUUGAAUCUAUCCCCCAACUCCAAGGUUACUUCCAGAGUUCCAGUCCUCCCAGUCCCAGCUCCAGCCAAAACCUCGGUUUGUUUGAAUUUGACUUCCCCGUCCAAAACCAAAAUACAAUGGCCGCCUUCACCGCCGCCGGAAGAUCCUUUUUCCGCUCGUCGUCCUCCGCUCGCAAUACGGCGGCCCGUUUUGCCUCCCAAACCAAGGCCACCCCAAAAUCCUCUCCAGCUUCCUCCUUUAGUGCUUCCGCCAACAAGCCUCUCUCUCGACCUGCCUUCAGAUUUCCAGUCGAGAUGAGCUCUGCUGUGGAAUCCAUGUUGCCUUACCACACUGCCACUGCUUCAGCACUGAUGACCUCGAUGCUUUCCAUCUCUCAGCGCAAUUAUGGUUGGCUUCCCGAAGGUAUCUAGCAACGUUUGCCCCCUUCCUUGAUGUUCUUUUCUUCCUUUUGGCUUAAUGGUAAGUUAGUGCUUGCUGGAUUUAGGCCAUUUAAUAAGCAAAUUAUAUAAAUUUACACACCAGAGCAGUUGCAGAUGUUACUCAAUCACACUUCUUAUCGGCAUUAACCUUUUCCCCAGAUCUAGUGCACCGUUAACUUAGGCCAUGCAUUUGAGUCCUCUGGUUUCCGUUUCAUCUAGUUCUUUUAUGUUUUUGUUUGCAAUGAAACAGUAAGUAGGAGUUCUAAUUGCUGUGCUCAAUUUUCCGUCUGAAUCAAUAUGUACUCUUUUCAUGUUGUAGGACGAGUCAAGACUAGAUGAUCAAGGAGAAGCAAAGAUGUAAAUACUUGGGUUUAGUAGACUAUUGAACUCUUAGAAAGUUAGGCAAAAUUGGCAUAUCAGAUGUAAAGUGUCAAACUUGAUGUUUAGUGAUUGAAGUUUUGGAAAAAUACAUGGCUAAUAUGUUUUGCUGUAAGAAUCUUAAAUAAAGCCGAUAUUGCCGUCUUUAGAUUGUGAAAUUUUGAGGAGAACUUUUUGUUUCACAGUGUGCAUUUUCCCUUUAAUAGUCAAAUCCAUUCAAAGAUUGAAGGAUCCUGUACAUGUGGAAAAUCGUCUUUUUGUGGCUUGCUAUAAUACCGGGUGCAGGUCUUGUGUCGAAAGAUGUGAUUUGAAUUUAAGAUGGCCGAUAGUGCUCUGAUGAUGUGCUUGGGUCUCUCUUGGCUCUUUGGAAUCACUCUGCCUCUUGGGGGGCAGUUUCUUGUUCUUCCUUAGCAGUACGAUGGGGGUUCAAAUUGUCAUCCGAAUGGUUUGAUGUUGUUAUAAGACCAUCUAUCGGAUGCCUGAUUAGUUGGUAGAGUGACUGAUAGUUGUGUCAACUCGUUUACUUGCAGUUUUAAAUUGUACUUGGGGUGUUCUUCAUUAAGUACUAGUUUGAAAGGAACCAACCUGACUAUUUUCCUUCCCAUCAGCUUGCAAUGACGAUGUGUGAUGAAUAUUCAGAGGAUUCAAGCAACUUUAAUGCAAAUAGACAUUUAGAAGUUCUGAGUGAGCCUGGAGGGGCGAGUUGGAUUGUGUGAGUUUCCAAACCCAGAUAAUAAGUUGCUCUCAGUACCCCAAAGACACCACUGACCUUUUUGAGUUUCGCAUUUAGAAUGUUGAUGUGGACAGAUGUAUUAGUGCUGAUGGAAUUCAUUCUUAAUCUUCACCUUUCUGUUCUUUUCUUGCCAAGCAUUUUCAUUAUUCUGUUGCUGGUUUCACACCAAUGGACAUACUAAUUAAUCUUUAUACAUAACCAGCUUGCAAUGAUGAUGUAUGAUGAUGAAUGUCAAAUGGCUUCAGAAGAAGUUUCGUAGGGGAAUCCUUUUCGAGUGUUCACUGAGCGCCCUAGAAAUGGCACCAGGGGAUUUUAUCGGAUUGAUGUUAUUAUCUGUGUAGUAGACUAGAAGGCAAACGAACAUAACUGUGAAGAGCUAAUGCACUACUCUUCUUCGAUGUUUUCUUUUAUUUAGUAGUGCGGCUUUAAAUACCCAAAGCGUUCUUUCUGUUUCUACUCUCUGUAUAAAUGCUGGUGAUAGUACUGAACCCAGGGCCAGGAGAAUGGCCAUUUUGUCUGUUUUGUUUUCUUGAACAUCAGUCUGUCUAGUGUUUUUGCCUGGUGCCAAUGAGUCGCCUUCCCGUACCAAAAACAUUGACAAGAUCGAUCCUCAAGUGAGUCAACUGCCAUAGGGAUAUAGCUUGAUGGAUUUCUAACUCUUUUUGCCAUCUGGUCUGGUUAUAAGGCUGUAAUGAAUCUGUGAAUCUGGC